AUGGGAGCGUUGGAGGACCUGAUCAAGCUCGUCCCCGGGCACUCCCCUCAGUUCGAGCAGGUUCUGCGGGGAUGCCUCCAGCCCAUCCCCGAAGACCGCCUCACGCCGGUAGAACUUCUCGAGCUCGACUGGUUCCUACGCUUCCGCGAGCCCCAGCCGCCUGUGGUCCCGGAAGAAAGCGGGGGCGGGGGGACUGGGGGAGAGCGAUCAUUCGCUGUAGGGACGGGAGGAGGCGGGAUUAGCGAGGAAGGUGGGGGCGGAGGUGGGGCACUCCAAACGGUACGGGGAGAUGUCGCCGAAGCGGGCGAGGAAGAAGAGGCCGACGGGCACUCGGACCUAGACUUGGCGGCUCAUGUGGUGCGGGAGUUCAUAGUGAGGGCCGUGGAAAGCGGGGAGCUGGUCGGAGAGGUUAACGGAGGAGGAGGCGUUUCCCGGCAGAGGGAGGAGCAGCAUCGGCGGAACUCUUCGGGUGGCGGCAUGAUCCAGACGAUGCGAAGCGACGGUGACCUGAGCGACUCGGACGGCCAGAGCCAGGGGGAGUUCGGGUCGGACCCUAAAGAAGACUUUGGCGGGUUCGCGGGCUUCCACCGGGAAGGGCAGGAUGCGCUGGAGCAGACGGGGUAGGUUUAGCUCGGGGGAAACCUUUGGCGUUCCGAAGGUUUAUUAUAGCGUAGAUGGAGAGUGUUCACGCGAAAUUAACAGGUCACAGUAUUGAUAGAUGAGGCCGCGUGGGAAUUUAUAGUUAGGUAGGCAGAUGAUAGCGUGACAGGAGAGGGAAGAGAGAGGGACUUGAAGUCCCCUUACCUCCAACCAAGGGCUGGAUCGCACACUUUAGUGCCACCUGCAGCAAAUGCGGGUGCCAUUUUGCUUUGUGUACAUUAUGCGAAAAAUAGUGUGUAUGAUAGGGUAGGGUUAGGGUACGCACGCAGCGCGUUAUAGGUUUAUUGCUUGUUUUGUUGCUUUCUAUACACGAAAAUAAAAUGUGAAUGAUUGGGGUAGGGCAUGCAGUACUACGCCGGCGCGUGCAUUUCUUAUUACUUGUCUUUGCCACCCUCUGUGGCACGCGAACUUUAUGUUUAUGGUAUGGUAGGGCUUAGGUACGCCAGCGGCGCAUGCAUUUUUUUGCUUGUUUUGUUACCUUCUGUACACCAAAAGAAUAUGUGCAUGGUAGUAUACUACAGUGAUACGCCGGCGACGCAUGCCUUUAUUGCUUAGUUUGUUGCUUGGUGUGCGCGAAACGAUUGUGUACGAUAGGGUAGGGCACAUGUACGCUAGAAACGGCGUUGCUUGAUAUCUUGUCUUACAGCUCUUCUGUAGUUUUACACGAAAACAUUUUGUAUGGAAGGGCCGGGCAUAUGUGUAGAUACACCAGCAUCGUGGGAGUCUUUUCUGGAUUUCACCGCGUUUUCAACAACUUUUUCGCAUUGAAUUCAUGUUGCCGUUAAGGCGAUGGAAAAUACCGGGAUACUUU